CCGAGAGCAGAACCGAACCUGGACCUGCUGCGGCCCGAAGCUGCCGGAAUUCACCGGGAGCUGCCGGAAACUACCGAACCGAACUUCUCCAUGAAAGGCAGCAGGUGAUGGACGCUCGACUCCAGAUGGAGGAGCUUCUGGCUCUGGUUCUGCAGCGGAUCCACAUGGAGGAGAGCAGCAUGGCUGUGGAGCGAGAAUGCCUGAGCGUGGUGCAGAACCUGGAGGCGGUGAGGCGGAGCUGGCAGCGGGCGGAGGCAGAGCUGAAGCGCUUCAAGGAGCUGCUGGUGAAGUCGGACGUGGCCAAAGCGGCUCUGGAGAUCCAACUGAAACACGCCCGGAACCAGGUGGACGUGGAGAUGAGGAAGCGGCACAAGGUGGAGGCCGACUACCAGCACCUGGAGAGGCAGAUGCAGCUCAUGUGUGACAUCCUGGUCCAAGAUGGAAAGUUCAACGUUUCUCUGAACGACGAGCAGAAAAACCUCUUAGCAAAACUCAACCAGCAAGGAGCCAACGCCACGCUGCGCCGCAGCACCAAGAGCAGGUUGUCUGUCAUCGACGAGUCGUCCUUCUUAUCCCACUCUGACAUCAGCUACGACCGCACCGAAGACUAUGUGGACCUGGACACCACGCUGAUCAAACCUCUGAGGUCUCGAGCCCGAGAGCGGAGGCGCUCCUCUAUGGGUCAGCCGGUCGGAGGUCCAGUGGCGAAGUGGAGCAGAAUUGGGAAUGUGUCUGCAGAGAUCCAGGAGAGGAGAACAGUUGAGAAGGAAGUGGAAACCAUCGUGAAGGCAUCCGUGGCGACUCCAGAUGCAGGCAGACAGAACCACGUGGUUCUGGGAAUCGCACAGGUUUGUCCCAAUGACCCGGCUCGCUCCGCCUCCCAGGAGGGGGCCGUCUCCGUUCGGGGCACAGGAGGAAGAGAUCAAACGUCUUUGUGGAGCUCCAGCAAUGAGAAAUCAGUGGAGCUUAACGCUCCUGUGGAGGACAGAAACGUUCCGGUUCUUCAAAAGUCCUUGAGACACGAGUUUCUGUCUAAAACGGUGAUCCGACCAGAGACCUGCAUGCCAUGUGGGAAGAGGAUUCGCUUUGGGAAAAUGGCUGUAAAAUGCAGGAACUGUCGGCUUGUUGCUCAUCCAGAGUGCAAACAGAAUUUCCCCAACAGCUGCUCGUCCUCCAGCGGAGUGACAGGAGGUGGACCUCUUAAGAACUCUCUGGAAGCUUUUGCUCCUUUGACCCAUCCCAGAGUUCCUCAGGUCAUCUUGGACUGCGUGGCUGAGAUUGAGAGGAGGGGUCUUCAUGAGAGAGGCCUGUAUCGGGUUCCUGGGGGAGAGCGUCCAGUGAGAAAUCUCAGAGAUCGGAUCCUUCAGGGGAAGCCUUCUCUGAUGCUCAGUAAAGUUCAGGACAUCCAUGUAGUCUGUGGGGUCCUGAAGGACUUCCUGAGGAGGCUGAGGGAACCCCUAGUCACUUUCAGGCUACACAGGAUCUUCAUGGAGGCUUCAGAGCUGGAUGAGGACAAUGGUUCUGCUGUCCUGUACCGGGCCGUAUCCGAGCUGCCGAAGGCCAAUAGAGACACUCUGGCUUUCCUCAUGAUUCACCUCCAUAAGGUGAUGAGGAGUCCGCAGUGCCAGAUGGACCAGAACAACUUGGCCAGAGUGUUUGGACCGACCAUAGUGGGUCACAGCAUCGCUGAGCCGUCUCCAACAACCAUCCUGAAAGACACUACCAUUCAGCCAAAGGUUGUCUACUGCCUGUUGUCCAUUCCUGAAAACUACUGGAGACAAGUCCUCACCGUGGGAACGGACCAGAACUCGUCUCCAUCCUCCUCUAGUCGAUUGUUCCAGCCGUUGACGUCUCCAGAGCUAAAGAGCAUCUACAGAAUGACCAGCCCAGGUUCUGUGCGAGAAACAAUCGGAAACCCGGGGAACAACUUCAGCACCACAGAUGGAGUGGAGUCUGGAAGGAAGUUCUUCACUUCACCCUAUUGACCAACAAUAAGUACUGACCCAAGCCUCCUUGCAAAAGAUACCAUCAUUUCACCAUAAAAAAUACAUUUAUUAUGAAAUAUGCCACCAGAAAUGGAAAAUAAGUGAAGCUUUUCAGCUCUUGACUUGACCGUCUCUACAAAACAGAACUUCUUUCAGCUGGGCUUAGCUGGACCAAGUGGCCAUUUACUAAGACAAACUGGAUGGCUUUUCCAGGAUGUUCUGACCAGUUGUCUUCUAAACUUUUCAAACUUAUUUCUAAACUAAGAAUAAAUCUGGAAGUAUUUGACUUGAACUUUUAAUCUAGAUGAUGUUUACAGAAAACUAGAUUUUCCUGAAUGUGAAAUGAAAAAUGUUAAAUAAAGCUUUGGUCUUGCAGAACA